AUGGGACUUGAUCUGGCUCGUCAUCGAUUGCUUGCUGAGCACGGCGAAGCUGGUGGGCGGGCGUACGGAGAAGCACAAGAGAGCCGCACCGCGACCGCCCGCCCUGCCGCCGCCGGAGGGCAUGCGGCGACGGCCGCGCGCGCUACGAUCUGGCCGCAUCCGCGGCGCUUCGACCGGGUCAGGUGCUUCUUCGUUGACAUCCAGGGUGACAAACGACGGGAACGCACACUGCGUAGAGUUGGUUGA